AUGAGCUACGUCGACGCGGGCUGGCUGCCCCCGGAAAGCGAAUCCGAGCAGGGCAGCGAUGCGGAGGAGGGCGUCGACCAGGGACAUGCCGAUGGUUUGCCGAACUACGGCGAUGUGCACUUCUGGACCGAGGUUUACACACAGCAGCGAGGGCGCGAGAUGGCACCCAAGGAGUGGCUGGUCUCCUAUUCGCACUUUGUCGCGCAAGGGUGGCUUCGCUUCUUCCCCUCCAAGGCCGCUCGGAUACUGGACCUGGGCUGCGGAGACUCCGAGUUCAUGUCGGAGGCCUAUGACGAUGGGUAUGAGGACAUAACUGGAGUUGACAUCGUGCCGGCAGUUCUGGACACCAUGAAGCAGCUAAACACUUCCAGACGGCCUGGUAUCAAGUACGAACUGGCGGAUGCAAGGGAGCUUUCUCUGUUUCCUGACGGCUCCUUCGACGUCGUCUUUGACAAGAGCACGCUGGAUGCUCUGAAGUGUGCUGGACAGGAUGCGACAAGUCAGAUGUCUUCUGAGAUCCACCGCAUUCUGUCAAGCGAUGGCGUGUACCUCUGCGUCAGUCUCAAUACCCCAGAGGAGGCUCAGCCGGCCAUUGAGCACACGGCGCAUGAAGACCGUCGAUGGGAUGUGCAAGUACUGGUUUGCGAGAAUGAGAGAUACGACGGAAACGACGACGGGCCUCCGAAGCAUCUUUACAUGUACGUCGCACGCAAAAAGCUGCAAAAAGGCUGCGGGCUGGAUUGA